AUGCAAAUUUUCGUCAAGACUUUAACCGGUAAGACAAUCACUUUAGAAGUUGAAUCUUCUGAUACUAUUGACAAUGUCAAAUCUAAGAUUCAAGACAAAGAAGGUAUCCCACCAGAUCAACAAAGAUUAAUCUUUGCUGGUAAGCAAUUAGAAGAUGGUAGAACUUUAUCUGAUUACAACAUCCAAAAGGAAUCUACCUUACAUUUAGUCUUGAGAUUGAGAGGUGGUAUCAUUGAACCAUCCUUAAAGGCUUUAGCUUCUAAAUACAACUGUGAAAAAUCUGUUUGCAGAAAAUGUUACGCUAGAUUACCACCAAGAGCUACCAACUGUAGAAAGAGAAAGUGUGGUCACACCAACCAAUUGAGACCAAAGAAGAAGUUAAAAUAG